UAACAAUGGAAACAAAAAUGGAAACGAAAACGUUGGAGAUAAUAACGGAAACAAAAAUGGAAACGAAAACGCUGGAAGCAACAAUGGAAAUGCUAAUGGAAACGCAAAUGUUGGAGAUAACAACGGAAACGCCAAUGGUAAUGCAAACGCUGGAAGUAACAAUGGAAACAAAAAUGGAAACGAAAACGUUGGAGAUAAUAACGGAAACAAAAAUGGAAACGCAAACGCUGGAAGCAACAAUGGAAAUGCCAAUGGAAACGCAAACGUUGGAGAUAAUAACGGAAACAAAAAUGGAAACGCAAAUGCUGGAAGCAACAAUGGAAAUGCCAGUGGAAACGCAAAUGUUGGAGAUAAUAACGGAAACGCCAAUGGUAAUGCAAACGCUGGAAGCAACAAUGGAAAUGCCAAUGGAAACGCAAAUGUUGGAGAUAAUAACGGAAACGCCAAUGGAAACGCGAACGCCGGAGAUAAUAAAGCUUGUCCGUGUCAACAGGCAAACGCUGGAAGUAACAAUGGAAAUGCCAAUGGAAACGGAAACGUUGGAGAUAAUAACGGAAACGCCAAUGGUAAUGCAAACGCUGGAAGCAACAAUGGAAAUGCCAAUGGAAACGCAAACGUUGGAGAUAAUAACGGAAACAAAAAUGGUAAUGCAAAUGCUGGAAGCAACAAUGGAAAUGCCAAUGGAAACGGAAACGUUGGAGAUAAUAACGGAAACAAAAAUGGAAACCAAAACGGAAGCUAUAACAGCUGGUCAAACAGUAUUGGUAAUACUAAUCUUGGUGAUUGGAAAUCAUGGGGAAAUUGGAGUUGGCAAUAG